CCCUGUACAAAGCAUAAACACCAUCAACGUCUGUCUCACAAUCAACGGGUCGCCAUGGCCUCCAAGCUUUUUGCUGCCGCUCUCCACCGCUCUCUCCGACCCACCACCACCAGGCCAUGUUGCCUCCGUCCUCUCUCUACUGCUGCAGCAGCUGCAACGGUGGAGCCUCAAGAGGACUCUACCAGGACCGCCAUCGUAAUGAAAGGGGUGCAAAUCUCCGGGCGGCCACUCUACCUCGACAUGCAGGCCACUUCGCCUGUUGACCCGCGGGUUCUCGACGCCAUGCUUCCGUACUAUGUCUCCCGCUAUGGCAAUCCACACUCCCGAACUCACCUCUACGGAUGGGAGUCAGAGACUGCCGUCGAGACCGCCCGCUCGCAGGUCGCCGCCCUAAUUGGCGCCUCUCCUAAGGAGAUCAUCUUCACCUCCGGCGCUACCGAGUCCAAUAACAUCUCCGUCAAAGGAGUGAUGCACUUCUACAAGGACAAGAAGCGCCACGUCAUCACCACUCAGACGGAGCACAAGUGCGUCCUUGAUUCCUGCCGCCAUCUCCAGCAAGAGGGCUUCGAGAUCACCUACCUUCCUGUUGGCAGCGAUGGCCUUGUUGACUUGCAGAAACUACGGGAGGCAAUCAGGCCUGACACCGGUCUGGUUUCCGUGAUGGCAGUGAACAACGAGAUUGGCGUAAUUCAACCGCUUGAAGAAAUCGGAAACAUCUGCAAGGAAUUCAAAAUUCCCUUCCACACUGAUGCUGCUCAAGCUUUGGGAAAAAUCCCAGUUGAUGUUGACAAGUGGAAUGUUAGCUUGAUGUCCUUGAGCGGCCACAAGAUAUACGGUCCGAAAGGCGUUGGUGCACUGUAUAUAAGGCGGCGACCUCGUGUUCGGGUUGAGCCUCAAAUGAACGGAGGAGGACAAGAGAGAGGGUUAAGGAGUGGCACUGUGCCUACCCCGCUGGUUGUCGGGUUUGGUGCUGCCUGCGAGCUUGCGGCGAAGGAGAUGGAGUAUGAUGGCAAAAGGAUUGGGGCCUUGCAGGAGAGGCUGUUGAAUGGAAUUAGGGCUAAGCUCGAUGGAGUUAUUGUAAAUGGGAGCACUGAGAGUCGAUAUGCAGGUAAUGCGAACAUAUCAUUCGCAUAUGUGGAAGGAGAGAGCCUGUUAAUGGGGCUGAAGGAAGUGGCUGUGUCUAGUGGGAGUGCAUGUACCAGUGCGAGUUUGGAGCCCUCAUAUGUGUUGAGGGCUCUUGGAGUGGAUGAGGAUAUGGCCCAUACCUCAAUUAGGUUCGGGAUUGGGAGGUUCACCACGGAGCAGGAGAUUGAUAGGGCAGUUGAGCUCACUGUGAAGCAGGUGGAGAAGUUGAGAGAGAUGAGCCCACUCUAUGAAAUGGUAAAGGAAGGUAUUGAUAUCAAGAAGAUACAAUGGACGCAGCACUGAUUGACUGAAAGGUUAAAGCUAAGCAUUUGUACAAGGGAGGCAGCCACCCUUGCAAUCCAUGUCAAAUGAUAUUGUAAUGUCAACGGAGCAUCAUCCAGGUUUCUUUCUUGUACAUCCUCCAGUGUUUGGAUGGUGUUAGUGUGUAAUCUAUAUUUGCUCUUCUCGUCUAGAUAGAGUGAACUAUAUUUUGGCAAUAGGAGGAAUAAGAGUGCUUUAAUAAGAUACAUUGUGUUAGUAAAUUAUUAUGUUGUUGGCUCGUGGCCUUCUACCACUUUUUGUUAUUUGCUUGAUGAUAUGCAUCCAGAAUUAUGACAGAUG